GGCCACCGGAUUUCGAGCGCGCAGGGCUCGGCGCUCGGUGAUGACUCGCUCCGGCGGUUGAGCUCUGGAGUGACGCUGGUGAGGCCGGGCCAUGGCCGACGGCGGAGGAGGAGGGAGCGAAGAAAUGGGGGAAGCGGGUGGCGAGGCCUGGGUGGAGCGGCUCCGCGCGGAGUGCGAGCCCGAGCACCACUGGAAGCACCGCCGGGAGUUCCUCCUCCGCAACGGCGAGGCCCUGCUGCCCUUGUCGUCGCGGGGCGGGGAGGAGGACGCGGAGCUGCGGCGCCUGGUCUCCUUCUCCAUGGUGUGGGCCAACCACGUCUUCCUCGGGUGCCGGUAUCCUCCACAAGUGAUGGAAAAAGUGAUGGACAUGGCUGCGGGCAUCACAGUGACCAAUGCACCAACCCACACUCUAAGAGAUGACCUGGUUUCCAAGGUGAAACGACGCAUAUCCAGUAGCAAUGAAGGAUCAGAGGAACCUUGCAAGAAGCGAGCCGUGGGUGCAGACAAACCCUCUGAAGUUGGAGGCAGUGACAUAAAGACUACAAAGGCAGAGGUUCCUAUGGAAGCAACAAAAACUCCAGAGAAGUCAUUGCCUUUGGCUGUGGCCCAGAAGGCAUCAUCGUCAUCAUCAGCUGCAUCUAUAACUCAGAAGGCAGCGCCAGCCACAUCUACAUCCGUGGCCCAGAAAGCAACACCCACUGUGUCUACAGUUGUGGCCCAAACGACGGCAGCCACUACUUCUGCAGCUGUGGCCCAAAAGCCAUUGCCCACUGCAUCUACAGCUGUGACCCAAAAGGCAACACCCACCACGUCAACCACUGGAAUAACAUUAGAGGCCAAAGUUUCUAAUUUUGAGUCUCUAGCAUCUACAAAGCCUAAAUCAACUCUGGCUUCUUCUUUGCCUGGCUCUGAACCCAAAAUGAAUUAUUCUUUGACUAAACCUCCAGAGUCCAAAUCUGUAAAUGUCCUGUCAUCGGAAAAGAAAUUAAGCUUGGAAAGUACUGCAGCAUUAAAAAGCAGUUCGCACACAAGCGCAGUCCCUGUCAAGAUCCCAUGCAAGUUAUUAACAAGCGAAGAUGCAAAAGAGAGGCAGCCGUUUUUCAAUAGACUCUACAAAGCUGUUGCUUGGAAGCUGGUUUCUGUCGGAGGGUUUAGCCCCACUGUCAAUCAUGCAGAACUGUUGGACUCCUCCAUUCAGUCUGUCAAGGCAACCUUAGAUGUUGAAUUUGUUCCACUGAAAGAGCUGGCUGAUUUACCUCAAAAUAAAAGCUCUCAGGAAAAUGUGGUCUGUGAACUGAGAUGCAAAUCUGUAUACUUGGGGACUGGCUGUGGAAAGAGUAAGGAAAAUGCCAAAGCAGUUGCUUCAAGGGAGGCAUUGAAACUGUUUCUCAAGAAGAAGGUUCUUGUGAAAUUAUGUAAAAGGAAGUACAAAGGAAGGGAAAUUGAAGAUUUGGUGCUUCUUGAUGAAGAAUCGAAACCAUUAAAUUUACCUCCUGCUUUAAGAAAUCCUCAAGAAAUAUUGCAAAACAGUGAAGUCACUGCGUAUACUAGCAAAUAAUGUUUUAUCACAGAUAAAUUAAUUUUGUAUAUUAGAUUAGAUCCCCAGAUAUUUUGUAUUUCUCAGUUCUGCAGAACAAAUACCAUUAUUCUUUUCACUCAGUAGCAGAUGUAAAUAAUUCUUUAAAGAUGUAAAGCGUGAAGAAGUAUGCCUUAAGAGAUAUAGCACAUUAAUGUGCUGUUUUAUUUGCUAAACAGUCAACCUAAGUCUUUUAUUUUUUAACAGAAUAAUUAUGGUACAGUUUGCUGUUCAGUGUGGUCUAAUUUGUUAACUCCUACUAUUUGGUAGUAGUACUGUUCAUUUAUUUUAGCAGCAAAUGCAUAUGUCAGCAAAAAGUAUCGUAGAUGAAUGGUAGAAAGUUGUCAAAAACUUCUGUCAAAAAAUUAAUCAUUCGUUUUGUAUGUUGCUCAUAAUGUUCAUGAGGCUCUUAAAACCAUUUAUUUGAAUUAUUUUAAUGAUGUAGUUUAAUUUAACUCUUACUCGAAAAUGUUCUGUUGGUCCUAUUUUAAUAUCAUACAUGCAGUAGAAACAUUACCAGACUAUAUCACUAAAACCUUCUCUAAGAUUUAACUUCUAUUUUGUGAGACCCCGUUUUCGAGUUUUUGAAUAAAUACAGCUUCUAAAUUAAA